UUUUAUCCCAUCCAAAUGCACCUUCAGUCCAGAUGAUUCGCAGGUACACUCACACAUGACACAAACGUUCACAGAAUUCACACUUUCUUCUAAAACAAACAACUACCAAGUCCCACUUGCAUUUAAAAACUUCUCUCUCAGUCUCUCUCUCUCUCAAUCACAAGGACGAAAUUUCAAUGAGAAAAUCUCAAAGAAUGGGAAGGAAAGAGAGAAAGCUGGUAGAAACCAUAUCAAUAAUCGACGAGGACUCUCCUUCUCCAACUUCUGUUUCCAUGAAGGCUCGCAGUAAUUUGAUUGAGCAAGAAGCUGACAUGAUAAAGAGGGGCUUUUUAGCAGAUUCUCCAAUGAUUCUAGUUGACUUUCCUCGCCGUCGGCGAUCAAAGAGGAAAAUUAGGUCUAAGAAUGCAACGUGUAUGCAAAAUAAGCUUGAUAGUGGAGCUUUUGAAUGUUAUUUCCAGAAUCUAUGGAGGAGCUUUUCAGAAGAUAAGAAAACGUCCUUUACAUACCUCGAUUGCUUAUGGUUUGAGUUACAUAGGAAAUCGGCCUAUAAAGCCAAGGUGCUAACAUGGAUACGGAAAAAGGACAUUUUUUCGAAGAAAUAUGUUUUGGUUCCUAUUGUUUGCUGGCGUCACUGGAGCCUCUUGAUCUUCUGCCACUUUGGUGAGAGCACAAAAUCAGAAACAAGAACACCAUGCAUGUUGUUGCUGGACUCACUUGAGAAGGCAAACCCAAGGCGGCUUGAACCAGAUAUAAGAAAAUUUGUAUUGGACAUCUAUAAAGCAGAGGGUAGGCUUGAGACUAAAGACUUUAUAUAUCAAAUUCCUCUCUUGGUGCCUAAGGUGCCACAACAGAGAAAUGGUGAGGAAUGUGGCAGUUUUGUUCUCUACUUCAUUAACUUGUUCAUGGAGAGUGCUCCAGAGGAUUUUAGCACUCAGCAUUUUCCUUACUUCAUGAAAGAUAAUUGGUUUACCCCUGAAGGCUUGAAAAGCUUCUGCGAGAAAAUUGAGUCCUUGAAAGAGAAAAGUGAUGUUGAUGAGCUUCUGUAGUUGAUUUCUGACAGCUUGAUAGGUUUAAGGUUGUUGUUAGGGUAUUAGGAAAUGACAAUUUUUCCAUAUAUUUAAUUUUUAGGAUGUGUUUAUGUCAAUGAGGCAUGUAUAUAGGUAAAUAAAGGUGCUAAUUAAUGAUUAAUUUACCAUUUGGCUA